CACUCAAUCACAGGUCAAAUACUUUCCCAUCUUUCCCUCCAUUUACAAGCUCACUCCUUCUCCCCUUCCUCCUUCAAUUUCAGCUCCUCAUGGACGGGGGUGCUCCCUACAAUCCUCGCACGGUUGAAGAGGUCUUCAGGGAUUUCAAGGGUCGCCGUGCUGGCAUGAUUAGGGCCCUCACCACCGAUGUUGAAGAGUUCUAUCAGCAGUGUGAUCCUGAGAAGGAGAACCUGUGCCUUUAUGGAUUUCCUAGUGAGCAGUGGGAAGUCAAUCUGCCUGCUGAGGAAGUGCCUCCAGAGCUUCCAGAACCUGCGCUGGGUAUUAACUUUGCCAGAGAUGGGAUGCAAGAAAAAGAUUGGCUAUCUUUGGUUGCUGUUCACAGUGAUGCAUGGCUACUUGCUGUAGCCUUUUAUUUUGGUGCUAGAUUUGGAUUUGAUAAGGCUGAUAGGAAGCGAUUGUUUAAUAUGAUAAAUGAUCUUCCAACAAUAUUUGAGGUUGUUACGGGGAUGGCCAAGAAACAAGGAAAGGAAAAGUCAUCAGUUUCUAACCAUAGCAGUAACAAAUCCAAAUCAAACUCUAAGCAAACGCAGAGAGGAUCUGAGUCUCAAGGAAAGUAUUCAAAAGCAAUGCAAUCAAAGGAUGAAGAUGAGGAGGGUUUGGAUGAAGAAGACGAGGAGGAGCAUGGAGAGACACUAUGCGGGGCAUGUGGAGAGAACUAUGCAGCUGAUGAGUUCUGGAUUUGCUGUGACAUCUGUGAGAAGUGGUUUCACGGGAAGUGUGUGAAGAUCACCCCUGCAAGGGCUGAACAUAUCAAGCAGUACAAAUGUCCGUCCUGUAGCAACAAGAGAUCUCGACCUUGACCGUGGUUACUUCACGUUCUGCCAUUUUAUGACGACUAAUUUGGGUAGUAGGUCAGGUUCAUUAGUCUUGCUGUUACAGGAAAUCUGUUCUGAAUAUUAUGUUAGGUUUGUAAGCUACUGUUUAUUUCAUCUUAAAUCAGGAUGGUUGUGUUAGGAGCUAGUUGAUUAUCUUGUUCCUCUGUGGAUUUGAUCAUGUGCUUACUUAAAUUUAAUUGUCUGUAACUGUAAUCCGUGUCAAUAUCGUAAUGUUCAUAUUUUCAUUGGAUUGUCA